AUGCUGAUAUCGGCGCGUAUUUCUGCGCUUUACACCACAUUUCCCAAAGUUCCUCGCUCCAGUUUCCCUCUGGGUGGGGUCUUCGUGGCAAGAGGGACUCACUCAGGACGCGACGGUCUGCCCAUACCUCCCCCAAUCCCGGUCAUCCAGGAUGCCGCCCACAGCGCAGAAGCGCGAACCUGGAUCCAGAGCUUCAAGAUGAAAGACAUCCCCAGGCACGCCGUGGAGCUCACCUUCUCGCGAAGUUCUGGGCCAGGCGGCCAGAACGUCAACAAGGUGAACACAAAGGCGACGCUCCGCUGCCCGCUCGACACGCCCUGGAUCCCCCUCUGGGCGCGCGAGCACCUCAAACACACCCCGGCGUACGCGUCGUCAUCGCAGUCGGUGCUGAUCACGUCCACCGUGCACCGUUCGCAAGCCCAGAACCUCACACGUUUCGAUCGUCGAUCGCUGCAGCUGCACACCUUGAUCGUGUCCGCCGCGUCCGCGGGUCUGGUGAACGAGCCGAGCGAGGAGCAGCGGAAGCGGGUCCGAGACCUCGAGAGAGCCGACAAGGCUCGGCGCCGGCUGGACCAGGAAAAGCGCAAGCAGGUCAAGCGCGGUCGAUCCAAGGGCGGCGACUGGGACUGA